AUGGCGCCCAAGAAGGACUGGGAAAAGUACGAAAAGAAGGGCGACGAUGCCGACAAGAAGGAGGCCAUCGUGCCCCUAGAUGAAGGAGAUAUACAGCUGCUGCGCACGUAUGGCCAGGGGCCGUAUGCGUCGGCGCUCAAGCGCAUCGACCAGGAAAUCAAGGACGCCGAGAAGCGUGUGAACGAAAAAAUGGGCGUCAAGGAGAGCCAUACCGGCCUGGCCCCACCGGACCUCUGGGACAUUGCCGCAGAUAAGCAGCGCAUGAGCGAAGAACAGCCCCUGCAGGUGGCGCGGUGUACCAAGAUCAUCCCGGCGCAGAACAGCGACGCCGACACUUCGAACAACGACGGUGGCAACAGCGCCGUCGACAAUAUGCUAGGCGCCCUCGGUGGCUUGGGCCAGGCUUUCAACAUGGGCAAUGCCGACAGCAAAGAUAAGUACGUCAUCAAUGUGAAGCAGAUCGCCAAGUUUGUCGUCGGCCUCGGCGAGCGCAUCGCCCCCACCGACAUUGAAGAGGGCAUGCGGGUCGGUGUCGACCGCAACAAGUACCAGAUCCAGAUCCCCCUGCCCCCCAAGAUUGAUCCCUCCGUCACGAUGAUGCAGGUCGAAGACAAGCCGGAUGUGACAUACAGCGAUAUCGGCGGUGUCAAGGAACAGAUUGAGAAAUUGCGUGAAGUCGUAGAGACGCCGCUCCUGGAGCCGGAGCGCUUCGUGCGCCUGGGUAUCGAUCCGCCGAAGGGCGUGCUGCUCUUUGGCCCGCCCGGUACAGGCAAGACGCUGUGCGCGCGAGCGGUGGCCAACCGCACCGACGCCGCCUUUAUCCGCGUGAUUGGCUCGGAACUCGUGCAAAAAUACGUCGGCGAAGGCGCGCGUAUGGUGCGCGAGCUCUUCGAGCUCGCACGCACGAAAAAGACCUGUAUCAUUUUCUUCGACGAAGUAGAUGCUAUCGGUGGCAUGCGCUUCGAUGACGGCGCGGGGGGUGACAAUGAGGUCCAACGCACGAUGCUGGAGCUGAUCAACCAGCUUGAUGGCUUCGACUCCCGAGGCAAUAUCAAGGUGCUCAUGGCGACCAAUCGGCCCGACACACUCGAUCCAGCGCUGCUCCGACCUGGUCGACUCGACCGCCGCGUCGAGUUUGGCCUCCCUGACAACGAGGGCCGCGCGCAUAUCCUGCGCAUCCAUGCGCGGUCCAUGUCCGUCGAGCGCAACAUCCGCUAUGAUCUCAUUGCGCGUCUAUGCCCGAAUACGACCGGUGCUGAGCUACGGAGCGUCGCGACCGAGGCUGGUAUGUUUGCGAUCCGUGCGCACCGCAAAGUCGCGACGGAAAAAGACUUUUUGCAGGCCGUCGAAAAGGUCGUGCGGCAAGGCAGCAAGUUCUCGAGCACGUCGCUGUACGCGCAGUACAACUAG